UAUUGUGCGAGGUGUUUGAUUUCUAAUCACACUAUGUGAAACGAAACGGCUAUUCAAAUGCGAGAAAAUAACAAAAAUGGCUGAAGAACAGGAGGUGAUUCAAAUAGAAAUACUGUGCAAGCAGCUGUACGAGUCCCAGGACCCUAUCCUCCGGGACCAGGCGGAGAAGGCUGUUGUUUCCUUCCAGGAGUCCCCAGACACCCUGAGCAAAUGCCAGGCGCUGCUGGAGCGAGCCGACUCCUGCUACUCCCAGCUGCUGGCCGCCACCACGCUCACCAAGCUCAUCAACAGGGAGAAGAACUACCAUUUGUCGGUGCAGCAGCUGUUGGACAUACGGAACUAUGUUCUCAACUACCUGGCCACACGGCCCAAACUCGCAAACUUCGUUGUACAGUCGCUGGUAUCCCUGUUCGCGCGAAUCACGAAGCUGAGCUGGUUCGACACCGUGAAGGAGCAACUGGUGUUCCAAAAUGUUAUGGGAGACAUCACCAGCUUCUUGCAGGGCCCAGCUGAGAUGUGCACAAUAGGCGUACAGUUACUGUCACAAUUAGUAGUGGAAAUGAACCAGAUGACUGAGAGGGAGGACGCCAAUCGCGGUCUUUGCAAGCACAGGAAAAUAUCCUCAUCGUUCAGAGACACACAACUCUUCGAGAUGUUCCGUCUCGCUUGCUCGCUCCUCUCCGCCGCUCGAGCGAAGGCAUUAGACCUCAACGACGAGCGACAGAUCACGCUCAUAGCGGCGCUACUACGGCUCGCUCACAACUGUCUCACGUUCGACUUCAUAGGAACUAACAGCGAUGAAGCUUCGGACGACCUGUGCACUGUCCAGAUACCCACAUCCUGGCGACCCACAUUCCUUGAAUCGGGCACUUUAGACCUGUUCUUCGAGUUAUACCACGCGCUGGGCGGCGGGCCGGCGUCGCUGGCGCUCGCGCUACUAGUGCAGCUGGCUUCGGUCCGGCGGUCGCUGUUCAGCAACAACGAGCGGGCCAAGUUCCUCAACCGGCUGGCGGCCGGCGUGCUGCGGAUACUGGAGAACACGCAGGGCCUAUCAGACCCCACGAACUACCACGAGUUCUGCCGACUGCUAGCGCGAUUGAAGACCAACUACCAACUGGGUGAGCUCGUCAUGGUGGACAACUACCCGCGACUUAUCGAGCUGAUUGCCAAGUUCACUGUGCAGAGCUUACAGAUGUGGCAAUUCGCUCCAAAUUCAGUCCACUAUCUGCUAUCGCUAUGGCAACGGAUGGUGGCUUCAGUGCCGUACGUGAAAGCUACAGAGCCACAUCUACUUGAAACUUACGCGCCGGGCGUCACGGCUGCAUACAUCGAGUCGCGGCUCAACUCCGUGCCUUGUGUUGUAAGGGACGGCCUGGAAGACCCGCUAGACGAGGCGGGCACAGUGCAGCAACAAUUGGAGCAGCUGUCAGUGGUGGCUCGCUGCGAGUACGCCAAGAGCUGCCGUCUGCUCGUCGCGCACUUCGACCGCGCGGCCGCCGCCUACAGCGUGCAGCAGAACCCGCAGGAGAUACUCGUCUUGCAGGGUCAAUUAACGUGGCUAGUCUACAUAAUCGGCGCAGCUAUAGGCGGGCGGGCGUCGGUCAACACGUGCGACGAGAACGACGCGAUGGACGGAGAGUUGGUCUGCCGCGUGCUGCAGCUCAUGGACCUGACGGACUCGCGGCUGGCGUCCGGCGGCUGCGAGAAACUAGAACUGGCCAUGAUGUCAUUCUUCGAGCACUUUCGAAAGAUCUACGUGGGGGAACAAGUACAGAAGAACAGCAAAGUGUACCGCUGCCUCAGCGAGGUGUUGGGACUCAACGACGAGAGCCAGCUGCUCAGCGUUAUCAUGAGGAAGAUUAUAACAAACCUAAAGUACUGGGGCGGCAGCGAGCAGAUCAUAGCGAAGACCCUGGGCUUGCUGAGCGAUCUGAGCGGCGGCUACUCCUGCGUCAGGAAGCUGGUCAAGCUGGAUGAGACGCAGCUCAUGCUGACUCAUCACACAGCGGAGCACUUCCCAUUCCUCGGCAUCGCGGGCGUGGGUACCGCCGAGAUGCGAUGCCGGACCAUGCUCUACACAGCGCUCGGCCGCCUGCUCAUGGUGGAGCUGGGAGAGGACGAGGACACCUUCCACACCUUCAUGAUGCCCAUCACCGCGGCGAUGGAGAGUAUAAUAGGCUUGCUAGGUCCUCCAGAGAGUCCUCUAUUCGCGUCAGAAGACGCCAAGAAGACUCUCAUAGGACUAGCAAGAGACUUGCGCGGACUGGCGUUCGCGUUUAACACAAAAACCACUUACAUGAUGUUGUUUGAUUGGAUAUACCCAGUGUACAUAAAAGUGCUCAUCCGGGGAAUCGAAGUGUGGUUCGCUGAGCCGGCGCUCACCACGCCCGUACUCAAACUAACCGCCGAGCUCGCUCAGAACAGAAAUCAGCGCUUACAACUGGACGUUAGCUCGCCGAAUGGGAUAUUGUUAUUCCGGGAGCUAUCCAACAUUAUUUGUGCUUAUGGCAGCAGAAUACUGACGGUGGACGUGAGCAAAAAGCAAAUGUACGCGAUGAAGCUGAAGGGCAUAUCGUUGUGCUUCUCGAUACUGAAGGCAGCGCUCUGUGGGAACUACGCUAAUUUUGGGGUGUUCAGGUUAUAUGGUGACGAGGCCUUAGACAACGCACUAAAUAUGUUUGUGAAGUUAUUACUUAGUAUACCACAAAGUGAUUUACAUGACUAUCCAAAACUAUCCCAAACAUACUACGUGCUACUAGAGCGGCUAGCGCAGGACCUGAUGCCGUUUCUCGCCUCGCUGCAGCCGGAAGCGACGCUCUACAUACUGGCCUCCAUCUCCGAGGGACUCACGGCUCUAGAUACGAGUGUGUGCACAGGCUGCUGCGCGACCCUCGACCAUAUAGUCACAUAUCUAUUUAAGCAAUUAGUACAGAAAUCUAGCAACAAACCGCCUAAUCCGCGCCAGCCGCCGCCCGAAGCGAGCAACAUGUUGCAAGUGCUACAGCGGCGGCCCGAGAUCAUGCAGCAGCUACUAGCCACGGUGCUAAACGUGAUAAUGUUCGAAGACUGCUGCAACCAGUGGUCGAUGUCUCGCCCGCUGCUCGGGCUCAUACUCCUCAACGAGGAGCACUUCGCGCGCCUGCGCGGGGACAUGCUCGCGCAGCAGCCGCGCGACAAGCAGCCGCAGCUGGCGCACUGCUUCAGCGCGCUCAUGGCUGGAGUUGAACCUAAUCUGCUUACUAAGAACAGAGACAGAUUCACACAGAACCUGUCUAUCUUCAGACGGGACAUCAACGACCUGCUCAAAGGCACCUUAGUCAACACAUCCAACGUCAACGACAUGAUGACGUCCUAAUGUGAGCUUCGUCGCAAAUUGAGGUGGACACACACUUGUGUACGUACGCGAACACUGCACGCGUCUUACGAACACAUUCCCGCUUAUUACAAAAAGUUACAUUUAGUAUGGAAAUGUCAUUUUAAACCAGUGUUCAUCCCGGGUUUAACUUUUUAUAAUAAGGCCCAGUAUGAUUAUCUUUGGAUACGUUCGCGAGCGAUUCACGCGCGGGUUAUAACAUUCAAAUGAAUGUUUCGCGUGCCAUCUUAACAUUUUUGCAAAUAGUGAACACUUACAAAAUGAAAAAAUCUUUAUUUAUCUAUGCUAAUGUUACAAAGAUUUGAUUGUUUUAUUUAUAUUGAAUACUCUCUGAAGCUACCAAAACUACUGGACAGAUUAAAAAAAAUUGCACCAUUAGAAUCCUACCUACAUUAAUUUUAGAGUGUAAUAAUUGAACUAAUUUUUACAAACUGACAAAUCUUAAAGAACAUUUUACUUGUCUCAUGAUUUUUUCCCUACGUUAAUACUAUAGUAAUAUAACUUCUAUUGACUUCAAACUGUCCACGAAUGUGUUAAGAUAAUUAUAUCCCUGUUUUAAGCUCAUUUUUAGUGGUUUGUGAUAUGCAAUGUGUUCGUUGUACCGCAUGAGUGUGGGUCCACCCUUAACAUAGUGUGUACACAAGUCGCCAUUUCAUAUAGCGGGUGUCACUACGUUCAGGCAAGUUAAGUUUAAAUGGUAAAACACUGUUAUAGAAUGACAGGUGACGUAUGUUUUACAGCAUUUUCUUCAGACUGUGGUAUUAUUGACAGCUGUCAUCUAAGAUUUGACGUUUGUGGAGAUUUUUUUUUAUGUUUGUAUCGUGAAAUGGGAAUGAAAUCGCCGUUUUAUUUUAUGUCACUGUUAUGUUAACAAUAUAGGGCAGAUUUUUUGACUCAAUUGAAUGUCAUAUCCUAAAAGUUUUUAUAAGUAAUAAUAUGAAGUGCCUUUUUCAUUUGAUGCGGAUUUCUGCGCGUGUAAAAUCUCACAGCUCUCACAGCGGUUGCACGCAGUACAAAGAUUUCGUAUUGUGUGCCCGCAGCCGAUCCGCGUUCCGCGUGCGUGUAGUCGCGUAAGGCGAUUAUCACACUGCACCGCGCUCCGCCGCGGUACGCGGGGCGACAGAUUUAAUCAUUGUAUGCAAGUACCUCAGUUUGUAUAGAAAACACGCGCGGCACAACACACUGACAACGCGUCUGCGCGCGGAAUUUUUUAUAUGAAAUCACGCGGACCGCGGCGGAGCGCGGUGCAGUGUGAUAAUCGUCUAAUAGGAAAAACAUGUAUGAAAUAAUGAAAUGCGUACCAUCCGCAUGCGUGCGGAAAUCCGCAUCGCAGGAAAAAUGCACUAACAGUGUGUAUCCGCUUCAGAGGGCCUAGUGUGAGUUUACAUCAAACGUCAUCACUAGUGAGUGCGUCAAAAAAUGACAUAAAUGUAUGACGGAUUGUACAGCGCCCCUAGCGGGAAACGUUCAAAAACUAAAAUUUUCAUAAAUUUUUUAAUGAAACACUCAUUUUUUGAUGUAAACUCACACACAGCCCACAGUUGUAAUAAUAUCCUUUUAACAGAAAUAAUACGGUAAAGAGGUGUAUAAAUUGUAAUUAUAAACGAGAGCAGAGUAUUGUAGAAUAACCAGCAAAUUAAACUGGGUGUAGUCAUGCAAUAGCUGGAACUAAUGUGCGUUCCCGGUGAUGUCGUCGCAUUCGAUGCUUACUGCUGGAUUACUUUUUAGCUGUACAAAUGCUAUAGCAUUUAAUUUAUUUAUAACUGACAUAUUAUGAAUUAUCUAUCGAAAAACAAAUGAAAAUAUGGCAACUAAAUUGCUUUGACUGAAUGUAAAAAAAAACCUGUUUAUUUUGCAUGUGAAGAGAAAAGCCUUGCUGCAUGUAUUUUAUGAACAGAAAAACUAACUAUAGUGUUAAAAAUUAUUUUUAUUCUUAUUAUAAUAAGAUGUUUGAUUUGUAUAAGAUAAUUUUGCAUUUGUAUGUCUGAAAAGAUCCAGUAUUGUUAGAUAAUGGUCAAUUUAAUGUAUCGAAUGGUACGCAGUUUUAGUAACAAUUUAGCAGUAGUAAGACGUGUAUUUAGAAGUCUGGCCAGCGUGAAGAUUUUAGUCCAAAUCCUCCAUUUGCUUGUAAUAAAAGAGAGGGCCGUGCUCCUGCAGUAGAGACUAAAGGACGUAGCACACUUAUCAACCCGGAAAGGGAUCGUAACCGUAUCACCUCGAGGCUGUCAGUAUUAUUUGGAUGAAACUCCAUACUGCAACGCACACCUAUCCGCACUGUAACGUAAACGCCUUGACAGCUCGCGAAAGGCGAUGACAGCUCGCAAAGGGCGAUGACAGCUCGCAAAAGGCGAUAAAUGGUGUUGAUUCCUUUUCGUGUUGAUAAGUCUGCUAUGACCUUAAAUGACUUAAUGAUGAUGGAGUGAAUUAAGAAUGUAUAUUUUUGUCAGUAUUCGCUUUGGAUGACUCAGAUGUCGAAAUAAUUAAUGAAGUUCCUUUUUAGUUCCUGUAUAUUUAUUUAAUCGGGUCGAAUGCGGUGACAGCAACGGGAAUUCGUUAUUUUUAAGUUACGACAAUCACAAUUUUUUGUAUCGUUUUCUAACGUUCAUUUUUCAUACAGACUGACAUUCCAGAGUGAGGCUGUGGUCUCCUAUUUACGCAGUAGGCAAUACAAUGCUUACUAUAGAAAUGUAUAGUCCGCGAGACCUAAGCUGAGCUUUGCAUUUGUGUGCACGUGGGUAGUGUAGGUGUGACAGUUUAUACAUAUUACCGACUAGCUUUCCGCCCGCGUGGAAUUUUGUCUGUCACAGGAAAACUUUAUCGCGCGUCCCUGUUUCAAAUACCGGGAUAAAAACUAUCCUAUGUCCUUUCCCGGAACUCAAACAAUCUCUAUGCCAAAUUUCAUCAAAAUCGGUUUAGUGGUUUAGGCGUGAAAGUGAGACAGACAGACAGACAGAUUUACUUUCGAAUUUAUGCAAUCGGUCUGAGGCGCAAGUCCGCCGCGGAUUUUUAUCACUUCAUCUCUUGUACUGGUAGCAGCUUGACGUGUUUAAUUCUUAGUAUAGUACCACGAUUCUAAAACCUCAAGUGGCAAAAAUUAAAAACGUUAUAAGGUAUUGAUAGUAGCGCCAUCCUGUAAAUGUCAUAGUUAUGUAGUUGUCCAACGUGACUAAAAUCGAAUUUAAUAAUCCAGUAUUGAUGAAUAAUAUCUAUAUUUUGUUUUUGUGGUAUUUUUUUUCCAUUCAAACUUUUGCGAAUUUUUUAAGUUUUUGGCUGACUCUACUUUUGGUAUCACUCACACAAAUGCAAAGCUCAGUUUACGUCAUAUGCCUUAUAGCGUAUAGGAGACCAUAGCCUGACGUCAUUGCUACGGAUGGCGCGUGUAUUGUGGGAUGUGUGAAUACUUGCAACUGAAUGGGCACAAACUGUGCUGUCUUGUGUUGAACUGUGCUGUGGGAACUGGUGUACUUUUGUUGCCUUAAGAUUAACAAGAAGUGUACAGUUGAGAGCACGUUUUUUGCUGCAAAAUGGCCUGUAUUGUAUAGAUCGUUUCAUUCACGAGGACGCGCCCCACCAUUCUUCCGCUAAUAUUUGAGUGUUAUCGGUACACGCUAAAUUAUCCAUGAGUGCACACGCACACUACAAUAAUGCCGCUUUUUCAAACUCAUGAAAAUUUAAGAGAUAAAGCGCGCCAAAGUUCAAAAGAAGAGGCCCGUGACGUCAAUGAGUGCUUAAAAGUGCCGCACUUUGUGGCGUCGCGCGGAACUUCAAUUAAUUUUUGAUUGAAAAGUUUGAAAAUUAAAAAUGUACGUGUCCAAUAUUUUUUGAUAUUAAAAUAGACGGAUUAAAAAAAACAAUAUAUUGGUAUGCUGUCUUACAUUAGGAUCAAUUUUUUAUAAAGGUAUAUUCACACUUAUACGAUGCGUAUGAGUGCCUCUCAAAUGUACUCCCCGCGAACGGACCGUAGCAAUGUGAAUAAAUCAACAAUGUUCCAUUGGUUCCCACACUGCAGUAGUUUUGAUGUAUUUCUAAGCUGUUUUAAGUGUCGAAUUACUUUACAAAAAUAUGAAAUAAACUGUUGUUAUAUUAUUA